AUGGGCAUAAGUAUCUGGCAAUUUGCUCAGAUUGCCGUGGUUGGGGGUACAUAUGCUCUUGUUAAUCAUGGACCACAAGAGGGCUUUUUUGCCCGUGCUGGCUACGUGGGAUGCUUUUCCAUCUUAUACUCUGCUUUUCUGUUUGCUCUGGUGGUCUAUUCAAGGAUCUUGACGCCUCUUUGGCUUAGUCCUCUCACCAAGCUACCCCAGCCAAAGGGCGGAAGCUGGUGGAAUGGCCACUUUAUGAAUAUUUACCGCUCGGGAACUGGGGAGGUUGAGAGGAAAUGGAUUCAUGAGAUCCCCAAUGAUGGCCUCAUCUACUACCGCAGUAUUCUGAACACAACGCGAGUCAUCGUCACGGCACCAAAGACAAUUCAGGAAAUUGUCACACGCGUAGAUGACUUCAAGAAGCCAGUUCUGGCCAGAGCCGUCGCUGGCAAGAUUCUAGGAGAAGGUCUUGUUUUGUCCGAGCUCGAUAAGCACCGACAACAGCGACGAGUUUUCAUGCCCAUCUUUGCGCCAAAGCACAUUCGCGAGAUGUACCCCAUAUUCUGGGGCAAGACUUGCGAAGUGACAAGAAAGCUUACACAGCUUGUGACCGAGCAGUCCCAGAAAUCUCAGAUCAAUCACGCGGUCUUCGAAGUUGGACACUGGUCAUCUCGCGCUGCUCUCGACAUUAUCGGUAUGGCCACCAUUGGCGAGGAUUUUGGCUCCGUCGAAAAGGAAGAUGCACCCCUGGCAACAGCAUACAGAAAAACCAUCGAGCCAACUCGUGGCCACGUCGCUCUCGCAAUGCUCAAGAUCUGGUUCCCCGAAUGGCUCGUGAACAUGCUUCCUAGUCAAAUUAACCGCACUCUCGACGAGUCCGUGCCCGUGUUCCGCAAUUUGUGCCGAGACCUUCUCCGUGAAAGACGCCAAAUGGCAGCUGAGAAGACAAAUGGAGGCAAGGAUCUACUCAGCUUGUGCUUCAAGUACGAAGAUGUCGCGGCCGCAGACGAGGAUGGUGUCAUCGAUCAAAUGACUACUUUCCUAGCUGCUGGUCACGAAACCAUUUCUGUUGGCGUUACCUGGACCCUUUACAUGCUUUGCCUGCACCCCGAAUGGCAGACGAUUCUCCGUGAUGAAGCUCGUGCUCACUUGCCUGAUCCCAACGCCAACUAUGCUCCCGAUGAGGAGAAGCAGAACCCCAGUGCUACUAGCGCCGAUGUCGAGCAGAUGCCUAUGAUGCAAGCUUUCGUUAACGAGGUUCUGCGCUGGUACCCGCCUAUCCCGCAGACCAUGCGUGAGGCUCUAGAAGACACUGUUAUCGACGGCCAAGUUGUUCCUAAGGGCACUUUGAUUGUCGUUCCAUUCAAGGGCCUUCACAGGGAUACCAACUUCUGGGGCCCUGAUGCCAAUAAGUUCAACCCCCGACGAUGGAUCAAUGCCGAUGGUACGCUCAGCCCCAACGGGGGUUGUGUCAGCAAGUUUGUCAACCUCUCUUUCAUGCAAGGCCAGCGAAGCUGUAUUGCGCAAGGUUUCUCUAAGGCGGAGAUGGCGUGUCUUCUUGGUGCUUGGAUCGGUCGUUUUAAAUUUGAGCUGGUUGAUUCCACGCUUCUUGAUGAGGACAAAAUGCUCACUACGAUUGGUAGCUUGUCAUCAAAGCCACUUAACGGCCUUGAUGUUAAGUGUUCCAUUGUGGAAGGAUGGAGAGACUAA